UACCUUUAAUUUCCCACUUGUCCCUCAGAAAUGUGUGUGGACAGAAAUUCUCCACGUUGUUGAAAUGACCAUACUGUCAUGAUGGAGUUCAGGACUGAUUCUAAACAUGAAAAGCCGUGGUCAAAGGGGACACACAGGUUUUUACCCCACCAGACACAGCACAAGUUCAGCAGAACGAUGAGUGAUGACAGUCAAGACCCAUUUAGAAAUGUUCACCAAAAGCCAGGCCUGCAGAUAUGGACCAUCAAUAACAUGCAGAUGGUGCCAGUUCCAGCCAAGGGCUUCGGUAACUUCUUUGAAGGAGACUGUUAUAUUGUUCUCUAUAUAAGUCAGAACAAAGGCUCAGGCCGGUCAGCUGACAUCCACUACUGGAUAGGAAAAGCCUCCUCUCAGGAUGAGCAGGGUGCAGCGGCAAUCUUCGUCACCCAGCUGGACGAGCACCUUGGUGGGAGUCCUGUCCAGCACAGGGAGGUGCAGGACUGCGAGUCCCCGCGGUUCAGGAGCUACUUCAAAAAUGGCCUCAUCUAUAAGAAAGGGGGAGUGGCUUCAGGUUUUCAACAUGUUGACCCAAACACCUACAAUGUCCUGAGACUGCUGCACGUCAAAGGGAGGAAGCAUGUCAAAGCAUCAGAGGUGGAGGUAUCAUGGAACAGCUUUAACAACGGAGACAUAUUCCUGUUGGAUAUGGGAAAAGCCAUAGUUCAGUGGAACGGCCCCAAGAGCAACCGGAGAGAGAAGCUCAAGGCGGUCUUGUUGGCUCAGGACAUCCGGGACAGAGAGAGAGGAGGUCGGGCUCAGAUUGGUGUUGUGGAGGGAGGAAAUGAGAAUGACUCCCCAGAGCUUAUGAAGGUCAUGAUGGCGGUGCUGGGUCAGAGGAAUGGGCCGCUCAGGGAGGCCAUUGCGGAUGACCAAACUGACAGUGUGCAGAGCAACAUGGUCAGACUCUACCAUGUUUUUGAAAGUAGUGGGAAUCUUGUGGUUCAAGAAGUGGCCACGCAGCCUCUUACACAAGACCUGCUGCACUCCUCUGACUGUUACAUUUUGGACCAGAGAGGCUCCAGUGUAAUGGUUUGGAAAGGCAAACAAGCCUCCAAUGAGGAGCGGAGAGAAGCGCUAAACAGGGCAGUGGGUUAUAUCAAAGCCAAGAACUAUCCCUCCAGCACCAGUGUGGAGGUGAUGACAGAGGGUGGAGAGUCAGCUAUGUUCAAGCACUCGUUCAAAUCCUGGAAAGAAAAAGGGCAAACCUGGGGUCUUGGUACCACCUACAGCGUGGGAAAGAUAGCAAAAGUAGAGCAAGUGAAGUUUGAUGUGAUGCAGCUCCAUGCACGUCCUGAACUGGCAGCAAAGCAGCGCAUGGUGGAUGAUGCCACUGGAGAUGUGAAGGUGUGGCGUAUUGAGGACUUGGAGCUGGCGGAAGUCAAUCCAAGCACAUAUGGACAGUUUUACGGAGGAGACUGCUACUUGGUGCUGUACUCAUAUCAAAGAUCACACCAGCAGCAGUACAUACUCUACAUGUGGCAGGGUCGCCACGCCACUAAAGAUGAAAUCACAGCUUGUGCCUACCAGGCUGUGAACGUUGAUAGCAAGUACAAUGGAGCCCCAGUCCAGGUCAGGGUGGUCAUGGGAAAGGAGCCUCGACACUUCCUGGCGAUUUUCAAAGGCAAACUCAUCAUAUUUGAGGGAGGUACAGGCCGACCUGGUGUAGUCAACCCUGACAAAGAUGCCAGACUGUUCCAGGUGAGAGGGACCGAAGAGCUGACCACAAAGGCCACUGAAGUGCCGGCGAUGGCCUCGUCUCUCAACACCAACGAUGUUUUCCUGCUGAAGACCGGCCACACAUGCUACCUGUGGUAUGGAAAGGGCUGCAGCGGGGAUGAGAGGCAGAUGGGGCGAGCCAUGUCUGAUGUGCUGUCCAAGCAGGACAAGCAGGUGGUGAUGGAGGGCCAGGAGCCAGCUAAAUUCUGGGUCGCUCUGGGAGGAAAAGCCCCCUAUGCUAGUGACAAGAGACUGCAGAGGGAGGAGCCUGCUUACAGUCCCCGGCUGUUUGAAUGCUCCAAUCAGAGCGGUCGGUUUAGGAUGACCGAGGUGGAGGACUUUAGCCAGAGCGACCUGGACGAGGAAGAUGUCAUGCUGCUGGACACCUGGGAGGAGAUUUUCUUGUGGGUUGGAAUAUCAGCCAAUCAGUACGAGACCAAGGAGGCGUUGAACAGCGCAGAGGACUACCUGAGGACCCACCCAGCAGAUCGCGAUCCUGACACUCCUGUCAUCUUUAUCAAACAGGGAUACGAACCGUUGACCUUCACCGGCUGGUUCAAUGCAUGGGACCCUCAUAAGUGGAGCGGAGGAAACUCCUAUGAGGAGAUGAAAAACAAGCUGAGUGAUGCAGCAUCAAUCUCACAGAUAACUGUAGAUCUGAACAAUGCUAAUCUCAAUAAGAGCCCUGCUGAGAUGAGUGGGGGUGGUUACAGGGCUCCAGGGGGCCCCAUGAGCUACCCUCCUGUAUAUGGAUUCCAAGGGAGUGAUCUGUCCCCCAGAUCCUCUACUCCCUCCAGCCCGUCAUUUUUCAAAGGCGGUGGUACGUCCUCCCCCUCUGCCGGAGGGUCUGGGAUGUAUCUGAAGCCAGAGCUUCUCAUCAACAAGUCUCCCAGUGAGCUGCCGCAGGGAGUGGACCCCAGCCAGAGAGAGGAAUUCCUAUCCGAUGUUGACUUUCAGAACCUGCUUGGUACGAGCCGCUCAGACUUCCAUCGCCUGCCAAAGUGGAGGCAGACUGACUUGAAGAAAAAGGCAGGACUUUUCUGAGAGACGUUCACAUCUCGAUUACACACUUACUAGAUCAACCAAAAUGAUAUGCAAAAAAAUCUGUAAUAAACAACAACCUGAAACAACCUUUA